AUUUCUGCCUGUUGCACACAGGGUCCACGAACAAGGCUGUGAUAAGGAAGCAUCGAGGAUGGCUGACAAAAACUCACUGAUCGAAAGAAUGGAGCUGCAGGCGAACAUUGUACUGUAGUUGUCGUCAACUAUCGCCAUCCAUCUUGGAAUGGCAGAGUUGAACUACAUGGGCAACCCAGUAUUGGCCGAAUAUUUUCUCACUCCAAUGCACCAGGCACAUCAGCCGAUUACUCCCGAAGACUAUUGCCAUAGUUUGCUAGUCAGAUUCGGUCACGGAUAUCGGCCCGUAACUAGUCCGCGUAUUGGACAAACUGUUGACACUCUUGAUUCUGGGGAGACGAGUACUGGUAAUUUCCUUGCCAUUGCCAUGAACUACAAGGUUUUUACUGAUGCUUCUAAUAUUGCUUCUCUCAAGAUGUACAUUGCGGAUUUUGGCAGUGGUGUUCAAGCAUUUUCAACAGUACAUCCUGAGCUCAACAUGGGGUCGUUUAUGAUUCUUCCACCGCCUCCCCCAAGCAAGGACAUUCUUAUCAAUUACUUUGAUGCGUCUUCGGUUAUGGACAGUGUGAUGAAGAACGAAUUCUGGAGCGAGUUUAGUGAGCUGAUUUACUAAUAGAUACGUACCUUCCCUGUUUUCCAAUGAUGUGUGACAAGAAGUGAGUGACUAUAUCAUGGUAGAUUAGUUUUUUGUAAGCAGAGGAUCCACAAAAUACAAUAUAUUUUGGAUGGAGGUAGAUGCUGAAUAGAAUGUGCUUGCAGCAUGCAGCUACGCUGCAUCCACUUUAAUGAUAGGUUAAACUUCAGAUCCAUGGAGAACAGGUUUCAUAAAUGUACGGGGUUGCGAAAUG